AUGGCUGCAGAUUCUGAAGUUCAGGCAAUGGCUGGCUUGAAAUGUGAUGGGAAAUUUCCGGUGACGGAAGUAUCAAUGGAAGAAGACGAUGAAGGUUUAGCUCAAGGUGGUGGUGACAAAGUGAGGAAGAUUGAAGUCUCUGGGGGGAAUUUAUCGCUUGUUGUUGAUUUUAGUGGCUCUUUAACUGGGAUUAGUUCUGACAAUGUCUUUGAAUCUAAUGGUAGUUGUCUGAAUGAGAAUUUGGUGACAGAUUAUGGAUACAGCGAUGAUCAAUCUCAGGAGUUUCUGGUUGGGAAUCUUGUAUGGGCGAUGAAUAAAUCCAAGAAAUGGUGGCCAGGAGAAGUUGUUGAUUUCAAAGCUGAUGCAAAGGAGAGUUUCAUGGUUAGAUAUCUUGGUCAGACCCAGCUUGUUUCGUGGUGCGCGGCUUCUAAGUUGAAGCCUUUCAAGGAGAGCUUUGAGAAAGUGGUGGAUCAAAGAAACGACAUGGGCUUUCUCAUUGCGGUAGAGAAAGCGAUGUCCUUGUUGGGGAAUUCAUUGAAGCUUGAGAUGACUUGUUCUUGUAUUGCUGAAGGGAAUGGAAUAAUGUCAGCUCAAAACGGAAAACCUUGGAAGAAAAAGCCUUUGAUUCUGUGUGAAUUCUCUGUAGAUCGGUUGGAACCAAAGAAGUUUGUCACUGAGCUGAAGAAUCUUGCGAAAUGUGUCACGAAUGCUGGGGUACUUGAGAUGACAGUUAUACAGAGCCGGUUAUCGGCUUUCUAUUCUUUCAUUGGGCAUAAGAAGAUACCAAUGGAUCAACUACAUCAAAACGAGGGUAGGAAACGUUUCACUGCAAUUAUGAAACCGAGUCAGUUCAUUGGUUCUCCAUCCAUUGUUGCAGGUAGUAGCAGGUAUAGGUUUCGGAAACAAUGGUUUAGGAAAUUUGUAAGUGAGGUUGACAAUGUAUCUGUGAGAGACGACCUAACAAACACGUCUCCUUCUGAUUUGAUAUCCAAACUCAAGCUGUUUGCUGUGGACUACAACAAGUGUUCAGAAGAGACUCAAAAUAUCGGCCUCAUUGAGUGGUUCUUCUCCAAAUUCAGAAUUUCUGUGUUUCAUGAUGAAAGUGCUUACAAGAUGCAGUUGGCUAACAUGGCUGGUUUGAAGGAUUUGAUGCGAGCUAAAGAUGCAAAUAAGGGUACUGCGCAGAAAAGCUCCAAGUCGGAAAAAUUAGGGAAGUCAAAGAUCAAGCCUGUCAGUGGUUUUUCAGUUGCUGAUACCGAGCAGAAGACCUUUGAGUCGCAGAAACCAGAGAAGUCAAAGAUCAAGCUUUUCAGUGGUGUUUCAGUUGCUGAUACUGAGCAGAAGACCUCUGUGUUGAAGAAAGCAGAGAUGUCAAAUGUCGAGACACUUAAUGGUGUUUCAACUCCAGAUAAUGAGCAGAAGGCCUCCAAACCGAAUAAAUCAGGGAAGACAAGGAUCCAACAUAUCAUUGGUCACUCAGAUUUUUCUAACUCUGUUGCAAAUGAGCCGUUUGUGAAAGAUUUCCAAGAAAAAUCAUGGGUACAAUCUCCACCAGGGAGAGCUUCUGUGGCAGAUACACUCAACAGACCUGCUGCUACACUUGUACCGGACUUAAACAGCGGAGGCAAUGCUUUAGCUUCUGCAGAAUUUGACCAUGUACAAAGACCGGAGACUUUAAUUCCACCCAAGGCCCUCCCACAAGGAAAUGAGACACCAAGACCUAUGAUGGUAAACUUUCAGGUGGCAUCUCCCUGUUCAACUUAUGGAAUCUCGGGAACGGGGUUUGUUUCCAACCUGACAGCUUCGGAAAGAAACUUCACGAGCGCAGAUCUUUUUACUAAUUUCACUAGUUCCGGGAAGAAAAAGAGAGGAAGGAAGAGGAAGAAUGUAGCAGAUCUUCCAAUGGUUGCACAUAACAGUAGUGGUAUACCUGAUCUAAAUGGAAUCACUACAGAGCCAGCUUUGGUUAUGCCUCAGGUUGAGCCUACUCAGCGCAGAAGACGCCGGAAGAAAGAGGAGUCACCUAAUGGACUAACCAGAGGAAUUACAGUUCUCUUCUUGAAAUUUUCCAGUCAAGUUUCAAUGCCUUCAAGAGAUGACCUAACCUCGACAUUCUCCGCGUUUGGCCCUUUGGAUGCUUCUGAAACACACGUUUCAGAUAGUGAUGCGCAGGUUGCCUUUGUGAGUAGUGGCGACGCGAUAGAAGCAGUUAAAAGCUUAGAGAAAGCUAACCCAUUUGGUGAAACCUUAGUGAAUUUCAGGUUACAGCAGAAGCUAAUAACCGUUCAAAGGAACAUAGCCCCGCGAAUGCCAGUAAUCUCGCACGUUAGUCCAGUAGUGCAACUGAACAAUACACCAACAAGUGUGGAUUCGAUGAGGCAGAAUCUGAUGAUGAUGACAGCAAUGCUGGAGAAGUCUGGGGACAGUUUGUCAAGAGAGACGAAGGCAAAACUGAAAAGCGAGAUCACGGGUCUUCUGGAAAAGGUGAGUUCUAUGCCUAGCUCUUCUUCUUCCUGA